AUGGCGGUCCUGGACUACCAGAUCCUCGCCCUCUUGGCAUUCACCGCUUAUCUGGCCUACUGUUUCGCCCUCGUGGUCUAUCGAGUCUGGUUCCAUCCACUGGCAAAGUUUCCCGGACCCAAACUCGCAUCGUGCUCCCUCUGGUACGAGUUCUACUACGAUGUCGUCUUGGAAGGAAAGUGGGCCUUCAAGAUCCGGGAUAUGCACAAGCGGUACGGGCCAAUCGUUCGCAUCAACCCACAUGAACUCCACAUCAAGGAUCCGGACUUUUACAACGACAUACAUGCCACUGGGCGCCGGAAUAAGUACCAAUGGUUUGUGAACAUGGCGGGUGCUCCUGGAUCUAUCUUUGCGACGGCCGAUGAGGGACUCCAUCGGAUGAGACGAAAGCCGUUGGACAACUUCUUUUCGAAGAAAGCCGUUACUGAUCUGGAGCCAUUGAUUGAGGAGAAGGUCCAUAAACUGAGCGAUCGUUUUGCCCAGGCUGCCGAUAGCAGGGACAUCGUUCGUGCCGAUUGUGCUUUCAUGGCCUUGACCAUGGAUGUGAUUUGUUCGUACUGCUUUGCCGCGGAUCGCAUGUACUUGGACAAUCCAGACUUUGGCCUCGAGUGGAAAGAAACCAUCAAUGGUGCCUGGCAGAAAGGAGGGAUGAUCCGAGCUUUCCCAUCCAUGCCGUUCUUUAUGCGAAGAUUCCCGCGCUGGCUCGCGAAGAAAUUAGACCCCGAUAUGAGUCUGUUCCUGGCAUGGCAGGACAGUGUUGAGGCUACCGUAAAGCCUAUCCUGAACGGGGAAAGCGAGAAGAACCAGCAUAGCAUCUUCCACACUCUUCGAGACAGCGAUCUUCCGGCACAGGAGAAGACCUUACGGAGGCUCAGUGAUGAAGGUGAAAUCUUCACUGGAGCUGGCAGCGAGACGACCGCCAAAGCUCUAGCGACCAUCCUAUACUAUCUAACUACAUAUCCAGCAUGUAUGGCUAAGCUCAAGGAAGAACUCAGAAGUGCGAUGCCAGAUCCUUCGAAACUUGUCAGUUGGACCCAACUUGAGCAACUACCGUACCUAUCGGCUGUCAUUCAAGAGGGGAUCCGUCUUGCGGGAGGGAUAACGACUCGACUUCCGCGCGUGGCGAAUGAGCCAUUACAAUACCAGGACUGGAUAAUACCGGCCGGCACACCGAUAUCAGAGACCAUCAAUUUCAUCCUCAUGGACCCUGUCAUUUUCCACGAGCCAUACACCUUCAGACCUGAGAGAUGGAUUGAAGGUGGACAAAGAUUGAGCAAAUACCAAGUCAGCUUCGGCAAAGGGAGCAGGCAGUGUAUUGGGAUGAAUCUCGCCUACGCUGAAAUGUACCUGGCCUGCGCGGCCCUCUUCCGACGCUUCAACUUCGACCUUUACAAGACGGAUUCACGAAACAUGGAGUUUGUCCACGAUUUCUUCGUCGCUGCCCCGGCGAAAGAAUUCAGAAGCGUCAGAGUUCGAAUAGCCAAGGACGAGUAG